AUGCCCCCGCCCAUCCCCCUUCUGGGCCGCCUCUGUUGUGGCGCGGGGGGGGGGGCGCCCGUCGGGUCUUCUGCGCCUCUCGCCGUUGGCGAACCCUUACAGUCGCAACCAAGCCCACUCGGGCGCUCCAGCCUUAAAGGCGCACAGGCUGGGCCAUCGGCUGGGCACGGCGUAGGAGGAGCCAGCGGCGAAGUGCCACCGCCUCGUCGUUCUGGAAGGAAUCACCGCCUCGUCGCUCCAAGCUGCACUGGGGUGGUUCCAGGGAACAAGACCCCUUCGGUCGUCCAGGAGGGAUCGGGAGGGGCGCGCCGUUGUUCUGUGGUCCUGUGUCACAGCCUUCCAGCCCUGUCUAUCGCCGGGCCUUGCAAAGGAGUCGCUUGGCGUCGGAGAGAUCCGGUUCAGUUCCCAACAGUUUCCUCGGUCUCGAUCGGGGAUCGGUGCGAAAGCGAAGCAGACAGAAGCGCCGCUUUGGCUUCAGCCUUUCAGGCCGCACCCGGGACUCCGCUUGUUGCCCAAGGGUCAGUUAUUCCCUCCCCCCUCCCCGCUUGUUUAACGUUUGUUAUUUUUAGCCGCGCCUUGUUUCUUCUCCUGAGGCCGAUUCAGAGGGUCCCGUUGCCGACCCCCUGCUCCCGCUCCUUCCCCCGCAGGCUCCGUCGAUUCGCCUCUCCCCCGGAACCUCAGCUCUUGCUCUGGCGGAUCCCGGAGGCACUGAGGAGAGGUCCCAGGCCGCAUAUUUGUCUAGGCUGUGCUGCUAUUUUUCCCUCAGCCUGGGGCUCCCACCGCCUUUUCGGUUUCCUCUUUGCGCUGCCCGUUCGGGAACCUCGCGCCGUUCCUUCCUUGCCGCCUUUCGGUGGAACCGCUCUUGCGCGCCUUUAGGGCCAGGCCAAAGACGGCCGGCGCCGGCGCUGCUCAGGUUGGCGUGGAUCAGGCCCUCCUUGCCUGGGUAGCCUCGCCGCCUGUGGCCCAGCUGGGCGCUCAACCCUCCCCCCUCCCGCCGAUGCUAAUGCAAGGCAGACGUGCAAUAUCCCAGUAAAAGGGAGUUAUUAAAAGGGACUCCCCCCCCCUUCGCCAUAAAGAGCUCUUCAAAGUCCCUCCGGCAGCCUGCCUGAAGCUGAGGGCCAGCUGGGCGGCUCGGGAGCUCUUCGGUGGUGAGGCCAGGCCAGGCCAGGCUUCCCGAGCAAGGGGCCUCUUGGGGCGCCUCCAUCCCACCGGAGGCGGCACCCCGUGUUCCUCCCCUGCUCCGGACUCUGCUCCGGACUUGCCUGCAGUUUUAUGGGCUCCCUCGCUCUAAAUGGCCCAUAAAAGCGCCGCGUCUGGGAGUGAUUAAGACCCGCAGCGCAGGAUUCUUGGGCAGGUUUUGGAUUUCACCGUCCCGGCAGGCCGUAAAAACCUGAGACAAAUAACUCCAUGAGCCCGCAAGCUUGUAAACCUCUUCCCUUGCCGGUGCCCUCCUCGGCCAGCUGCGGAGAGGCCGUGUCUUCCGGGAGCAGGGAGAACCGUCGGGAGGGAGCAGGGCAGCCGACAACAGGCGGAAAAUUGUACGCUGGCCCGCAGGCCCCCUCUCGGCCAGACGCACCCUUCCCCUCCGGUCCUUCGGGCCAAUGGAGCUUGGACCGCUAACUCGGGGCGGGAGAGGGGACCCUUCCUCCUUCGACCUUUCAAGGGAGAAGCGGGCAUGUAAGAGACGCAGGCGCCCUUUCUCCAAAGCUCCCACUGCAUGGAAGCUGCAUUGCCCUGUUCCCAUAUGCCCACCCUGAGCUGUUGGCGCUACACCUGAACAGGGCAAGACCGGCUCAGGGCAGCGUGCCAAUGGCCACCGCCCGCCCGCAUUAUUCCGACUCGCCCCCCUCCCCAUCCCGUAGCAGGAGAGCGAACAGAUCGGCAGGUCCACCAGAUCCCCUUUUCCUCCUCUGCCACCCCUCCCCCACCCCGCCUCUAUCUUCUCUAAAAGGCUUUGCUCCCUUGGAACUACGUAGACACGAGAUCUGUGCAGGGGACGGCGAGGGGGGCCCCUCUUGGAGAGUCUUCCACAAAGACCGAAAACUCCGCAGCUGCUGUCCCGGCUGCAAAGACCGGAAGGGAAGAGUGAAAAACGCAAAUGCCAUUUGUAGGUGUCUUCUCCGAUUUCUAGUGCCCGAGAGUUCCUACUAGGGUUCUCUACCGUCCUAGUCAGGCAUCGGCUUCGGGUUUGGUCCGAUUUUUCCCCUCUAACAUUUGCAAGACACGCCGAGGCUUCCCGGCUUCCGGCCUAACUUCUGGGCGCCAGCCUCCUGCUCUGCUCUCUAUCCCACAAGCGCAGACGGAGCUCCAUGAAAAGUGCGGAGACCAGCGAGAGAAAUGUCGAAGGCCAGGCGCCUCUCUGGGCCCCGGGAGAAAGAGCAAGAGGACUGCGGCGGCCUCGGUCCCUCGCAGCUAAACCGCUGCGCUCCAGCCCAAAUGCCGUACCGACUUUCAAGACUGCUGCACGUUUCCCAGCCGGUUUCCCCGAGGUGCCCCGACCUAUCUGCACGAUUCGCUGCGAGGAAGCCCAAGGCCGCCGGUCCGCUCUCUUCGCCUCCCUCCCUUUGCUU